CCGUUCGUCAGUUGGCUAGGUGGGUGAGGUGGCAGGUGCGACAUGGCACUUGGUGGGAUUCCAUGGGCAUCCUGUUCCGUAUCAUGGAGCCUGUGUACGACCUGCUGCGCAGGUUGGACCGUGGAGGGCUGCACAUGUCGCGGGUGGUUGAGUGGACACAGGAUGUGGCCCGCCAGGUAGCAGAGGAUGUUUGUGCACUUCCGGCCGAUCUUGCACACUACAUUGUGCAGAGGGUGCAGGCUCGAUGUGCUCACAUGUUGGAGUCGGCGCACGCCGCUGAUCACCUUCUUUUUCCCAGCCGGCAGGACUUGCGGUACUUCGAGGGCGUAGUCAGCGACUACGACGUGAGCUUAGUGAGGGAGGCGGAGACUUACAUCUUGUCGCAGACAGGAUUCAGUGUAGCGAGCCCCGAGUACGAGACCGCAUGUGCGCAGUUGCGCGACUUCCACACACAGAGGGGGAUGAUUGCGUGGGGGGGAAGGGACGAAGACAGAGAGGCACAGAGGUGUACGGGCGAUGCGGAGACAUACGAAGCUCCUUCGAGUGAUGUGGGCGAUGUUUUUGGGACUCGAGCAGCCACAUUGCACCCGUACCCUCGAGACGACAGUAAUUCCGAGGGUCACGAGGACGAGGACGAGCGGGCGGUCCCUGCUACUGCCACUCGUGCGGCAGAUGAGCGUGAUGAGUGGAGCGACCCAGAGGACGUUCGUAGACGGAGUGGCGGAGAUGACCUUUUCGUUAGACUUGAUUUUGAGGAGUCAAGGGGUCGUCAUGGGAGCCCCCUAGAGCGUCAGAGGCCUACAUCCACUGCCCCGCAGUCCACUGAGCGGGAGAGAGAUCCUGGGUCUGUACCUUCCAGGGGGGCGGAGUCGGGGAUUGGUGGGGGCGCCCCUGGCUAUCGUAGUGGCAUAGCAUCAUCCACCGCUCUUCCCACUUCGACGGAGCAGCUUCAUCGACACCUAGCCCGCGAUGGUCGAUUGCACAGAUUGGUGAGGGGCCCGAGACAACGAUUGGAGGACAGAUUAGCAGGCGGUCCUUCACCGGUCCAGGGGGACGAGGGAGAUACACAGGGGUUGGCUGGUGGAGACGGUGGUGCGUUGGCCGGAGGUGGAUGUGGUAUCGAGGUUGCUGCGGCGGUUGAGGCGCACGAGAUUCGGAGUGGCGGGGAUGAGGGGAUACCGACGGGUGGCGGAGGCGGUUUCAGUGAGUUUGGUGACACCUUAUUGGGACGGAUCAGCUUCCUGGACCCGAACAGUUUCUCCCCUGCCAUGCGCGGAGAGGUGAUGUCGGGGGCAGAGGGAGAUGAGGAUCGCACACCUCUUGGAGAGACAUCUGAGGAGAGCUUGGAUAGGCUUGAGAGUCGUCGAGCGUGCCUCAUGGCACAGAGGGACCCCAGGACGCAGGCGUACGCCCGUGUUGCGGUGGAGGAGCGAUGGAGACAGCUGGGGACAUUUACGUCGGCGUCCCUUGACGUAGCGCCGGGUGCCCACACGGAUCCUCCGACAGAGGUUCACGAUACGACGCAGCGGGAGGCGACUUUAACCGAGGCUUCGAGUAUGGGAGUGGAUGUUCGGCAGGGGACGCACGAGAGCGGGUUGGCAGCGGCAGAGGAGCCACGUUCGGAGUCGGUGCAGCCUCCUGCCGUCCAGCUGAGGCCCGAGGAGACGUCGCAUGAGGUCGAGGGCGUGCCUCUGGCCACAGGUUUAGUUGAGGGUGCCGUGCAGAUGUCCCCGGGUCUGGAGGACAUACAGACAGGGCAGUCAGUGGGCGUUGAUGAUAUGCGCCCAUCGGCACAGGCGGAGGGGAGAGCACCGACCACCGGGGGGGAGGCCCGGGAGGGGGGCGUAGCGGGGACCGUUGAUGUUGGCGGGGUGGGGGUGCCUGUUCAGGCGGAUCCGAUGUCCACGUCUGGGGGGGGUAAUCCCGCACAGGUCGACAGGCGUGACGCAGACGGACAGGAGAUGCCACAGACUUUGGUGGUUCGCACAACUGUGGGGCCAGUGGUGCCACAUCAGGCACCGUUUUUGGAGGACCAUAGGCGUCGUGCACAUCGCGGUGGCCCAGUCGAGGACCGACGUGUAGGCAGGGGCAAGUGCAUACCUCCGGUCCCCACUUUUGCACCGUCACGGGCGAGGCCGGAGAUAAGGUAUGUGGCUACGCCUCGGGGCAGCCUCCCUUUUGGUUUUAUGACCGCUAAGGAGUUGGAGGAGCACGGCAGGACGAAUUUGACGGAGAUUGACCAGUGCAUUUUAAGUGAGACGAGACGGGUGACGACGGCGAGUGCCGAUCGUCAGCCAGGUUUGAGAGGGGUUUCCACGAGUGCAAGACGUCGAGAUGUUGUAGCUUCAGGGUUUGAUGGUAGAGGCGGUGGCGGCGGUGGCAGCGGUGGCGACGGCGACGGCAGACGUGAGGGCGCAGGCGGUGCCACGACGAGCGCAGUGGAUCUGCCGCGGACGUACGGUUUGAGAGAGGUGUCGAUUAUUUUGCAGGAGUCUGACGUUGUUACACGACCGAGGCAGGCCCGACACGUGCCCUUAGAUCGACGCCAGGAGGGGGAGACUUCAGGGACAGACGACCUACCUAUGGCACGCGAGUCACGCCGACGUGAUGACCUAGCAGCCGCAGGCACCAGGACGGUGAGAGGCAGGAGAGUCAUUAUGGACGACGACCCCGACGAGCGUCCCGUCGCUCCGGAGCCUUCGACUGGCAAACGUGGCGGGCAGCGUCAGAGAGAUCGAGGACGUGGCAGUGGUCGGUCCCACGGACGAGGUUCUCAUCGGUCCGAGCGAGAUCCGCGUGCACACGACGAUUGUUGAUGGAGUACGGACUUGCGUUUUCUUGACUUUCUCAGUGUAGCUCAGCUUUUUGUUAUCCAUGU